AGGGAUUUUGGAUUGGGAAAAACAAGCAAUCCUCUUUGGACACGCCAUAUUGGCACUGUUAAGCUACCUAAGGGAUUUAAAAAUAAUAUUCUGUAACAUGCAACAUUCUCCUAAACGACGGGAAUAAAAUGGACGAAAUAUUUACAAUCAGUAACCUAGUGUUAUCAUCACAUGAAUUUGCUUUUGUAGCGUUUCAUUAACAACCGUGGCUUUACAGCUUAGAGACAAAAAUAUGGCAUUGUGUUUAGUUUGGUGAUUUAUCUAGUUAGAUUCAGCUAUGCAGUCUAGUAACCAACGUCGGUUGCCAUGGAGUAUGUUACAUUUCAUGUCAGCGAGUGCUGCUAACUCGCUGCCUACUGUGCAAACAACUUCCUUAACGGCUAGCUAGCUAGUGGACCGACUAGCGCACUGGAACUACCUAGGUGUAUCGUGCUGUGAAUGGGCUGUAACGGUCAGGACAGACGCAUAUGCUAGCUUGGUUUUUAAGAGUCAGUGGUAUUAUUGGCUGAAUUCCAAAUGUUAUAAUGGCACUUAAGACACAGGAAGGCGCAGCGAAGCCUGGUUCGGGAGUCGGCCUACGCAGCCGACCGUUUUCCAGCGAGAGAGACGGACAAGUACGAGCUGUCAAAGCCUCCCUUCUGGAGAGAUUAGGACCAUACGAACCUGUCCUGACCUACCUGCAGUCAGUACUGGUGUGGGAAAAACCGCUUCACAGUGUGUUGCUGUACACCGUGAUUAAUGCUAUAUUCUGGUUCUUUGUGAUGAGCUCUCUGCGCCUGUUGUUUCUGCUGUCCACUGGCCUGGCUGCCGCUGUGUGUGUGGACACCUGGAGGAACUGCAUCUGGCCAAAGAUCAGAGUAAAACGGGCAAGUGAUACUGAAAAUGAGAGCUGGGGGCUGGUGCAUCCUGGGACCCUCAGCGUUCCGGAGCUCUGUCAUCACAUGGCUGAGGCAUGGGUCAGUGGGUCGUCUUUCGCAGGAAGCUGUGUCAAAUUCAAACAGGAACAUUCUGGCAAGUUCUGUGUCCUGGCGUGCGGCUGCUUUACCUUGCUGGCAGUGGUGGGGCACUAUAUUCCCGGACUGGCCCUCUGCUACUCUGCAGUGCUGGCAGUGCUGCUGUUCCCGUUGGCAGUGUACCACCGGACGUGGGUCAGGCUGUGUGUUCUGCUGGAGCCGGCCUUGCGGCGGCUGGACUUCAGCGCGCGUGGCUACAUGAUGUCCCAGCCCAAGCAGAACCAGUUCCUCUGCAGGCCCGUUGGUCACAUGACCCCAGCUGAUGCCAGUGACAGUGAGGAGGAGCUGGCUGCAUUCUGUCCCACGCUGGAUGACACAGUGGUGGCCCGGGAGCUGGCAAUCACAGACUCUGAGCACUCUGACGCUGAGGCCUCCUACACAGACAACGGCACCUUCAACCUGUCCAGAGGCCCGACUCCUCUCACUGAGAGCUUGGAAGACCUGGACAGGCACAGCGACCCGGAGGAGUCCUUCGCCCGCGACCUCUCUGACUUCCCGUCCAUCAACCCCGAUGCGGCAGCCUUGGAGGACGACGAUGACACGAGCAUUGGGCUCCCCAGCCUGGGGCCCUCGGGCCUGUCCGGGUCCCGCAGCGCCGCCCUGCUGGACCUGGAGGACGAGCUGGACUCGGACCCGGAGGACGAGCUGGACUCAGAGCUGUCCUUCAGCGGCCUGACCUCGGCCCUGACCUCCGGCCGCGACCUCACCAGCGAGAUGGCGGGGGCCAUCGCCAGCAGCGUGUUCCAGGCCGCCCUGGAGGGGGCGCUACAGCCACGCCCGCCGACUGGGGCCCGCGGCGAAGGGCACGCCCAGCCCCACGCUGCCCGCUCCCGUGGCUUCCGCCACCAGUCCAGCUCUGAGCUGGACACCGACCUGGACGGGGAGGAGUUUGAGCUGCUGGACCAGUCUGAGCUCAGCCAGAUGGACCCCUGCGGGGCCCCCAGCCAGGGGGGCCUGCGGUCCAGGACCCAGGGGCCCAGCUUCCUGUCCAGCCUACUGGGAAAGCCCCAGUGAAGACCUGCCAGUGUGGAGUGAGUUGUGUUUGGCGGUUUGUAAAGGUGAAACAGUGUGCAGGAGGGGAUAGUGGUUGUAUUUGGCAGUUCAUAAAGGUGAAACAGUGUGCAGGAGGGGAUAGUGGUUGUAUUUGGCAGUUUAUAAAGGUGAAACAGUGUGCAGGAGGGGAUAGUGGUUGUAUUUGGCAGUUUAUAAAGGUGAAACAGUGUGCAGGAGGGGAUAGUGGUUGUAUUUGGUGGUUUAUAACGGUGAAACAGUGUGCAGGAGACUUGUCCAGACUUGUUCUUUGAUCCCAGCAGCCAGGCCUUCAGAAUCACUGUGAAGUUUUUUUUGUCAUUUACAUUUUCUUACUGAUGUGAAAACUGUAUUUGAUUCUAUCCAGGCAAGACAGAUUUUUUUACUUUUUUUGUGGCAGAGCAAUAGGACACAUCUUAUCCAUAGAAAUAGAAAACUACGCUACAUGUGGUACAUUUUAAAAUGGGUGACAGAAUUUUCUCACGUGAGUCAAAACUACAGAAGCAGCAGCGGAAUGAAGAUGUCCCUGUGUUUAUCUGAGUGUAUAAUCCUAAUGUAGUCACCCAGAAAACAUGGGACCAGUCAUUAUUUCUGAAGUCACUGUCAAAAAAGUUUGUUCACCACUAAAAAAGAAGAAAAUAAGAUUAUAUGUGAGCAAUAUCAGAUUUCCCAAGGUUUUUGCCUUCAUAUAAUCUGUUGCAUUGUACACUGUGACUCAGCACAUAUUUUUUACAUUUAAUGGACACUCCAAUCCAGAGUGAGUUUUAAAAAAUGUGUAAAAAAUUCACCUCAGCAUUCAGCUUUAAAGGCCGAAGACAGUUCUUUUGUCCCUAUGUGAAGUUUUACUGUGAUCUAAUCUACGUGUGAGCCAGUGGUGGUGUGUACAGCCAGUUAGCUCAUUCACCCAGAGUAACUGGUGGAAACAAAAGCCUGCAUACACCGGCCCCCCAGGAUCAGAAGUGCCCCCCCCACGAUCUAUCAUGUCAUUUAACGGUCGCUAAUUACAUGCAAUUUUACAUCGAGUUCACAGAGAAGUAUGUGGCAGUUAGAGCACAUUUAUAAAAUUUUAUUCAGUAGUAUUCGCCAGUUAAUAAAUGGAUACGAUUUACCAGUAACAAAGUUUGAAUUUUCAAAGGGCUUUUUUACUUUUUAUAGCAACUACGAAAAGGAACAAAAUCCUCAAGAUGAAAACACCUGAAGACAUCAUAGUUAACAAAUGCAAUGGCAGCUACACGGUAUUUCAGAUUGUUUUAUUACACAUGUAAAUAAAUCACCUGAAAAACUUUUAUUGCAGUGUUUAUGUGAAAUGGUGCAAAAAUACAGAAUAUACUGUACUGCACCUGGUCAUUAUGGAGAUACCCCUGAGACACCAGAUAUGUUUUUUUAAUGCUGCUCCUCUAUUUCAGAUAGUGAUAACCAUAUAGUGAAUCACAGGUUGAAUGUUUAUUUAUCACAGCUACUUGCCAUGUAAGUUUUGUAUUCCCAAUUCCAACUUUUCUUUAGUUUUAGGCUUGGCAUGCUUAAUAUCAUCGUAAGCUUCCAACAUCAUCUGUCAGGGACUGUCAUAAUAGAAGCAAUGAUGGGUAUAUGAAGUAUGUUUCUGCAUGUUUGCAUUUUUCUGUGUAAAGGGUUGCUUGCCUCUUUUGGUGUGGUUUAUACCUGUAAACAGUGUCUUCAGAGAGCAGCCCCCCCCCCCCCCCACCCCCCGACUCGUUUUGCCCUGUGACACCUCUAAAUGAAAUGCAUUUUAAAAUUUUCCGCCAGUAUAUAAAUUAUAUAUAUUAUAUAUAUAUUAUAACUAUUUAUGAUACAAAAAUAUUUUUUGUUCAACUUAAAGAUUUAACAUUCAUUUCACAUUUAUAGAAGUAUCCUCCUUUCCCCCCAAAUUACUUUUUAUUUCAUUUUCACUAGAGGGUGACUUGUGUCGCCGUAUGAAAAUGUCCAAUUUAAUUUGAAUUUGCAGAAGAGCAGAAUGAGAAAUUAUCUAUAGGGGGUGAGAACUUCAGAUGGCACUGUAUCAUCUGCAAAGCCAUCUACUCCUUCACCAUUUAAAAUGAAAUGUUUUAUACAUUUUUUGAAAGGUAUUUUGUGUAUUUCUAGUAUGUUGUCAGGGCAGCCGAUCUGGCGACCCAGUGGUGGGAGGGAUAGGGCAGCCGAUCUGGCGGCCCCAGCGGUGGGAGGGCCAGGGCAGCCGAUCUGGCGGCCCCAGCGGUGGGAGGGCCAGGGCAGCCGAUCUGGCGGCCCCAGCGGUGGGAGGGCCAGGGCAGCCGAUCUGGCGGGCCCAGCGGUGGGAGGGCCAGGGCAGCCGAUCUGGCGACCCCAGCGGUGGGAGGGCCAGGGCAGCCGAUCUGGCGACCCCAGUGGUAGGAGGGCCAGGGCAGUCGAUCUGGUGCCCCAGCGGUAGGUAGGGCCAGGUAAACCUGCACUCAUCCUUCCUGCAAAGGCAGAAAAUCCAGGUCAGAAAGUAAAAGUCCUUCCAGCAAUUCUGUUCUGAACACCUGAAUUUGCUGAUUAGCACAAUAGUUCAGCCAGCCAGUAGAACUAAUUAGUGAAAUCUGCUGGCUGAGUUCAUGGGUGGAAGAAACACAUGGCAUGACUUUUACUUUCUGGCCCUGGGCUUUACACCACCUUUUCAUGUUUAAGUUAUCUGUGUGUCAAGUCCAGACAAACCUGACAGUAAAUAAGAACAGAUGCAUGAGUAUAAGUGCAGUGUGUUAUGUGACUUCUGUCCUGGGAAUGUAAGCAUUUUCUGGCUCUUAAAAACUCAGUCUAGCUUAAUUUGUGUUGUUUGGUCAGGUUUCAUUUGUGUGUGUGUGGGGUGGGGGGUGGGGGGGUGGGGGGGAUUCCCACUCGUCAGCUUUUGUAUACAUAAAGCUAAAUGCCCAGUAAUUUAAUUUGUUUUGUGCUGUAUGGACAAAUAUAGUAAAAUGUGUGAUUAUAUUUGAAGUAUAUUUAACAUGUAAUUUUUUUUUUGUUUUGACCUGAGCAACUUUAGCAAGGAUUAUUGUUGUUUACGGGGUUGUUGGGGCUGAACAGGUCAUAUGAUAAGCUUCCCUCUCUUCAGAGGGUACAGAGGGUGUCUUUAGUAUGUCUAAUUAAAAAUGUUUUUUUCUCUAUAACUGGUUUUGAUGCUUUGAUGUAAAAACAUUAAAUAUAGUGUGUGAUACUAA